GCGACGGUGUCGGACGGGGCUGUUAUUGUUCGGUUUGAAGAGUUUGCGGGCGGUCGGUCCUUUGUUUUUAUUUUGGGGGUUGUAAGCUACCACUAGCAGAAGAACUCGUCUCAAAAACCAUCACCUGCAAGCCUGGGCUGAGGUUUAUUUUAAUGAUAUAGCAGCAUUUAAAACCAGGUAGUGGUAAGUUUACAAGUCCCCAAAAUAAGCUGAUGGAUGCGCGGGUAUCGGAGUUGUUUGGUUCAGGAAAUGACUCUGGAUCUCAAGAUGUUGCGUCCAAUGUUUUGCCGGGAAACAGCUAUGGAGUAGCCCUAAAAAAAUCAUGUGUAAAGAUGCACAAGAAGUCCAAAUCGCGAUUCGCUCGCAACUUCAAACCAAGCAACAACCCACCAUAUCUACCUCCCGAGGCUGAAGAGGGAAAUAUAGAGUACAAGCUCAAGCUAAUAAACCCCACACAAUACCGCUUCGAGCACCUGGCUACGCAGAUGAAAUGGCGACUGCAGGAAGGUCGAGGCGAAGCUGUCUAUCAAAUAGGUGUUGAGGAUAACGGCAUUUUGGCGGGACUAUCAGAGGAAGAUUUGAGAACAUCACUAAAUACGCUCCAUGAGCUGGCAGAGAAGGUUGGAGCCGACAUCACUGUUCUCAGAGAAAGAGAGGUGGACUUUGACUCGGAUGUGCCUCGUAAAAUUGCUGAAGUUCUUAUCCGCAAGGUGCCAGAUGACCAGCAGUUCUUGGACUUGCGAGUAGCUGUUAUAGGUAAUGUGGACUCGGGAAAGUCCACUCUGUUAGGUGUCCUGACACAGGGGGAGCUGGACAAUGGACGGGGAAGAGCGAGGCUAAACCUCUUCAGACAUCUACAUGAGAUCCAGACUGGACGCACUUCCAGCAUCAGCUUUGAGAUCCUUGGCUUCAAUAGCAAAGGGGAGGUUGUGAAUUACAGCGAGUCUCGGACAGCAGAGGAGAUUUGUGAGAGUGCCUCUAAAAUGAUCACAUUCAUAGAUCUGGCGGGUCACCAUAAAUACCUGAAGACCACCAUCUUUGGCCUCACCAGCUACUGUCCUGAUUUCGCAAUGCUGGUCGUCAGCGCAAAUACCGGCAUUGCUGGUACAACACGGGAGCAUCUUGGGAUUGCCAUGGCCCUGAAGGUGCCCAUCUUCAUCGUCAUCAGUAAAGUGGACCUCUGUAUGCGGGCCACAGUGGAGCGCACUGUGCGGCAGUUGGAGCGUGUCCUGAAGCAGCCGGGCUGUAACAAGGUGCCCAUGGUUGUGAGCAGCACGGACGAUGCCGUCACAGCGGCACAGCAGUUCGCACAAUCACCCAACAUCACACCCAUCUUCACCCUGUCCUGUGUGACUGGAGAGAGUCUAGACUUGAUCAAGGUCUUUCUAAACAUCAUCCCUCCUCUCAGCAACAGCAAGGAGCAGGAGGAGCUUAUGCAACAGCUAACUGAGUUUCAGGUGGAUGAGAUCUACACAGUGCCAGAGGUGGGGACUGUGGUGGGAGGAACUCUGUCCAGUGGUAUUUGCCGUGAGGGAGAUGAUCUUGUGGUAGGGCCCACAGACUCGGGCCAGUUCCACAAGUUAACCAUCGAGAGCAUCCAAAGAAACCGCUCAGCGUGCCGGGUCCUCAGGGCCGGCCAGGCGGCCACACUCGCCCUGGGCAACUUCGAACGCUCACUACUACGCAAGGUCAGGCUUCUAACUCUUUCUUUCUCUCUCUACUGUUUGCCUUUCUUAAUAUUUAGAGAGAAAACAUGUAAAGGGACGGUUUAAAUUGAAUCAACUUGUAGGUUUCACACAUGUACAAGCCCUGCAUACACAGUGGACUUUAAACCAUGCAUUAAAGCAUUCCUAGGAGAUCAGUGUGGGGUGUGGUGCCUUGUUAAAGGGGACCCCCGCAGUAGGGCUGCAAGAUUUUGGGGAA